AUGCCGGCUGUACCGCCUGUAUCACGGCAGCAAGCCGUUCAAGCCAUCGAGGAGCAAUUCACCCUGGACAAGCCCCUGCUCGAAUCCCUUAGCGCACGCUUCCAGGAACUCUACGACUAUGGCCUCGCCAACCACGGCGCAGAAAUGCAGAUGAUCCCCUCCUUCGUCACAGGUGUGCCCACCGGAACAGAAAAGGGAACCUAUCUCGCCCUUGAUCUCGGCGGCACCAAUCUGCGUGUCUGCGAAGUGGCUCUCGACGGCAAUGGAACCUUCACCAUCAAGCAGGAAAAGUACAAGGUGUCGGAUCAGCUCAAGACGGGACCCGUCAACGACCUCUUCAACUACAUGGCUACCAGCAUCGACAACUUUCUCACAGACUUUGGCACCACUUCCACCGAAGACGUUCUCCACCUCGGUUUCACCUUCAGCUUCCCCGUGGAGCAAUCUGCCAUCGACCGCGGCCACCUGAUCCAUUGGACCAAGGGCUUCAACUGUCCCGAUGCUCCUGGCAAAGACGUCGUUCAGCUGCUGCAGGACGCGCUCGAUCGCAAGCACAUCAAGGUCAAAUGCAGUGCUCUGGUCAAUGACACGGUUGGUGCCCUUCUCGCCCACGCCUACGCCGCCAAGGGUGCGCUGAUCAGUGCGAUCUUUGGCACGGGCACCAACGGCGCUUACCUCGAAGACAUUCGCAAGAUUAAGAAGCUCAAGACCGCUGAGGGCUCCAUCAGCCACAUGGUGGUGAACACGGAAUGGGGUGGAUUCGACGACGAACGCAAAGCCCUGCCCGUGACGAUCUUCGACAACAAGGUGGACCGCGAAUCCAUCCGACCGCGGAACCACAUUUUCGAAAAAAUGAUCAGUGGCAUGUACCUGGGCGAGGUGGCUCGAUGUGUGCUGCUGCACCUGAUCGACCAGCUGGUGCUCUUCCAAGGCUUCUCGAGCAAGCUGCUCAACACACAGUACGGAUUCGAUACGGCGUACAUGUCGGCGAUCGAGGCGGACAAGGAGGAUGCGACGUCGACAUCGAGUCCCACGCGAACCGUGCUCGUGGCGACUAUGGGCAUCAAGGAGGAGCACAUCUCGGCAGAGGACAUUGAGACGGUGCGAACGGUGUGCAGGAUCGUCGGCACGCGCGCGGCGAGAUUGAGCGCAGUCGCCAUCGCAGCGACCAUGGUGCAGACCGGCAACGUGCAGAGCACCGGACCCAACGACGACGGCGUCAAGGUCGGCAUGGACGGCAGUGUCAUCGAGUACUACCCGCACUUUGAGGAGAGGAUGCGAGGGGCACUGCGCGAAUUGAUCGGCGAGGAGGGCGAGAAGCGCGUCAAGAUCGGUCUGGCCAAGGACGGAAGCGGUGUAGGAGCAGCACUGGGUGCGUUGCAAGCGGCAAAGCAGCUUGCCAGCGGUCAUCGUGUCGAGGUGUGA